AUGUCGCGGCAUUCCCAGCAUUGGUAAGCGUUAAAAACAUUUAUUAAAUGGAGUUACUGUAUAAUUAAAGUUAGUUAAGGUGACUUUUCACCCUAGAAGCGCCUUGGCUGCUGGCCCUGACUCAUCGCGCCUAAAUCGGGAUCAGGAAUUGGCUCUCGGAGAAGACCAUGCGCGAUCAAGAGCGUAGCAGACCGAAGGCAGUGAUUAUUACUCAUUACCUAUCACUUUCAGAGUCAAGGACCGCCUCCAGGCCAUGGUAUAUAAGCUGAUCGCUUCGACACAUCCAGGACGUCCCCAGUUUGAUCGAACCCCUUCCCUCCGAUCCGGAUCCCUCUUUUACAUCAGCGCCGAUUUCAGUAUUGUUUUGGUUGUAUAUUUCGCUCGUAUAUAAAUCAUCGUGUUUAUAUUAGGUAUUUAUUCUAGAAACCCCAGAUGACUUCCCCCAUUGCCCCCGUAUCUUUACUAGGAUACAAGAUCCAGUAAAACCGACCCCUGAUAGCUAAUUGGUAGUCAGCGAGUGGUUUUUCGUGUUCUCUUUCGUGUUAUAGUACUGCUAUAAAGUUUGGUUUCUAGUGGCUCGCUUUUUGGUUAUUACAGUGCACUGUUCAUAGAUAUUACUACAGAUUUUUGUUCUACGCGUAAAAGUUUUUCUCCUUGUACAAGAUUAUUAGGUUUGGUUAUUGCUACGUGAAAUUUUAUUCUCCGAUAAGCCGUGAUAUACUCCCGUCUCCAGAAGCUACAGUAUUUGAUUAUCACGCUAACUAGAUAUUAUUAAGAUCGAUUUUUGAAGUUAUUUUAUUAAUUUAAUUCUAAUUAUUUCAGUUUUCGCACCUCUCAAAGCCUCCUAAACAUGGCUAACGCUCCCGAAAUCCUCACCAACGACGACAGUUUGAAGAAACUGUUCCCGCCCAGCCUCAAUGCCAGCCUAGCCGGCAAUCCCACGCUUCCAACUUUGCGCACAGUUUGUGAGAAAAUGUUAGAAGAAAACAGGAAGAUGUGCAACAUCUUGGGUCGUGACCUCCGUUGGCAUGCCCAGUCCCAUCUCAAGACGGCCCCGGCCGCCCCAGUUGGUCCAAUCGGUGUCUCGGUUCAGCAUCAAGUCGAUGUAAUCCGCAGACUUCAUGACACGAUUUUCGGUUCCAUUCUACAAGCUCAACCAUACAUCGCAGCAGCGGUAAUGGCUGCGUUGCGUGGCGUGGGACCAUCUAGACCUGUCGCCGUGGAUUCUGUCAAUCGGUGGAGCUGCUUGACCAUUUUCCUUUACAUAAUUACAGCGUAG